GCUCGCACGGCCAUUGCAGAACAAGGACAAGAACAAGGCCUUGUGGGCCCGUUUUGCUAAGUAAUGUCAUUCAUCUUAUUCAGAACCUUCUCCGGAUGAUGACUUUUCCCGGCUUGUAAAACAGUUCCGGUGUUACAGAUUGUACCACCCCGACCUUGAUAAAAUACUUUUGCGGCUUGACAUCAGUGCUUUCCGGCUUGUCAAGCUGUCGCAAACAUCUCGUGUAUUGAUCACUGCCUAUGCGGUCGGCUGUCAUUCCGGAAAAUGUUUUCGUGCAUUUCCAGAAGAAAGCAUAUAUACCUCUGAUGGAAAAGACAAACGAACGAUACCACCAACAUCCUGACAGCAUAUUUUGGCCAUGCCCUUGACCGAACUUACAACGCUUAACCAUGUGCCCCCAAACAACUUCGAAUCUCUAUCUCGGCUCUACACGUCCUGGUGUAGCCUCCAACCAUCGUAUUCCGCGUACCCUCUAACAUUCUAUGCCGACGUCAGGCAUCCAGGUGUCAUAUACCUCUUAACCGGAUGGCGCAAUGCCCAGGAACGGAAACUAUGGUGCCAAAGCGAUGAAUACCAAGAUGUACUAGCUGAUAUGGUCGAACGGGUGGAAGUGAAACGUAGCCUGGUGCUCAACAUGGAUUUUGACACCAUCCCGCGAGCUGCUAGGGGGCUGAUGUGUGUUCAUACCAUCCGGAUAGAAGGAGAUGAGGAAAAAGAGGAUGAGGGUAUACCAUGGAUGCCCAGCAACGACUCUUUUUUAGAGGUCCUAUGGACGGCGUGUACAGAGGAUUGCGAGGAUGCGUCUACAUUUUGCCGCUUUACGCUCUACGGCACUAUAGUUUCUGACGAGACAGUGAGGAGAAAGUAUCGACUUGGGUCUAAUAGUUUCACUGCUAUGAAGCGGGUAGCUGUUCCGGUUGACAAAACUAGCAUGCUGCAUGCCAGUAAAGACAUCAUUUCCUGUACAUAAUGAUAUUAGCCGUUCUUUUUUGAUGAGGGCACCG